CCAACCCACACUUUCUCUCACACCUCAGUCCGACUGAAAAGUCCAAAAAAAGCGUCCCUCUCUGUUCUCCAAAACCCCAUCUCACAAUGCUAAACUCCAUCUCCACCGUCCUUCUCAUCCUCCUCUUCAUCUCGACCGUUCACUCCACCGAUCACAUCGUAGGCGGCAACCGCGGCUGGAAUCCAGGCAUCAACUACACGCUCUGGGCCAACAACCACACAUUCUACGUCGGAGAUCUCAUCUCUUUCAGGUACCAGAAGAACAUGUACAAUGUCUACAGGGUCAAUGAGACCGGCUACGACAACUGCACGACGGACGUAUCGUAUGGAAACUGGAGCAGCGGCAAGGAUUUCAUCUCGCUCGACCAUCCCAAGUGGUACUACUUCAUCUGCGGCAACUGGUUCUGCAACAGCGGCAUGAAGGUGGCGGUGCACGUGCUGCCGCUUCCGUCGCCGCCGAAGGCGGCGGAGGAUUCGGCCGGGAAGGUGAAGAACGGGGUAGAGGUGGUUUCCCGGCCGGGAAUGGCGGUUUUGUUGGCUGUGGCGGUUUCGAUCUGGUGGAAUUGGAUGUGAGGGUUUAGGGUUUUAAAAAAAAAAUAAAAUUUGUGGAGGGUAUUUUUGUAAUUCAUGUUUUGAUUUGAUUUGAUUUUGUUGUUGCUCUCGUUGUGUUUGUUGUUUGGUUUGAGCUGGAAAUGCAAGCUGGAAGGUGUUUGUUGUUGA